AUAGUUUCUACAGCGUCCAUGGCUUAUGGCGUGAAGUGCUACAGGUAUGUCGUUUGACACGCUCAAUCUGCCGGUAGUUUGAUACUCCUCCGAAGAAGCCGUUGACCGACUAUGCGCUUACUGCCGUCGUCAACGCAUCUGUGAUUUCAAGCACCGCUGAGGAGUACGAAGCAUCAGCUUCUGACAAGACGGGGCCAUGUCCAAAACAAAGAAUGCCCAGCCUGCGCUGCACAAGGUCAUUAUGGUGGGCAGCGGAGGCGUUGGCAAGUCUGCACUUACACUUCAAUUUAUGUAUGACGAGUUUGUGGAGGACUAUGAGCCAACCAAGGCAGACUCGUACCGCAAGAAAGUGAUCCUUGAUGGGGAGGAGGUUCAAAUCGACAUUCUAGACACUGCCGGUCAGGAGGACUAUGCUGCCAUCCGGGACAAUUACUUCCGCUCAGGCGAAGGCUUCCUCUGCGUCUUCAGCAUUGAGGAGCCAGAGAACUUUGCUGCCACAACAGAGUUCAGGGAGCAGAUUCUGCGGGUGAAAGGGGACGAGAACAUACCAUUCAUCCUUGUGGGGAACAAAGCUGACAUGGAGGACAGCCGCAAGGUGUCUAUCGAGGAAGCUCAGGAGCGUGCACGCCAGUGGGGCGUGCCCUACGUUGAGACCUCCGCAAAGAACCGCACCAAUGUCGACAAGGUUUUCUUUGACCUGAUGCGGGAAAUUCGUAACAGAAAGAAGACCGAGAAGGCUGUCAGCAACGGGCCACGUAAGAAGCCGCGCCCCAUCAAGAAGAAGUGCACCAUACUUUAGCCAUGUCUACUCGCCCACCAGCGUUCUGCUAUUCUCGUUGUUGUUCUUUCUCUUUUUCAUUUUUUUUUUUUUAAGUUAGUGUUCCAGCUGUUGCUUUAUUGUUGACUGCACAUGACAUGCCUGUUGUAAAGCCUCGGGUUGUGUCGUCAGCACUUCUGCCACGACGGCACUGCCGUCUCCAGUUUUCCAGCCUUGUGACCUCACUUUUUUGAGGCCAAGCAGAAAGAACGGCAGUGGUCGUUUGGUACAGUCACUAAUACCUGCUGAUGAGUGACAGCACAGUUCCUGUUGAUAAUUUGUUUCUUUGUUUGGCCACACUGUUUAUGUGUUAGCAAUAUUUUUCGUGGCAGUACAUUUCUGCACUCAUCCUGUGCUAGAUUCGUGGCCAGAAUCUUUGGGCAAGCAAAAUGGGGUAAGAGGGUGGGGCCACCAUGCGAUGAGCCAUGCAGUCGUGCUGGCAAAGAGCUGUGUGUGCCUUUCGUGCCUUGGGCAUCUGUAGAUUUCUUUCACGCUGCUGGACAGGGAGGGGAGCAGAUCCUCUCACUUGGCUAACUGCCGCAGUGUUCUUUUUUUUUUAGCCAGUUCGGCAGUGACUCGCAAAACACUUGAGCCGAGAAUUUUUCCGAAUGAUUUGAGUGCGCUUCACUGUUGCCGUACUUGUUUCUGUGUUUUGCACUGUUUUUAAUUAGCUCGCGUCGUUGUGCAUGGACACUUCAGAGGCAUGUAUACAUUGAAUGGCACAUCUUAUGUUUAGGGGAGUGCCACCACUGUUGUGUUCAGUGCAGUAGCCGCAGGCGUUGUGAUUGGUUUCACCCGAUUUCGGGGCUUCUUUUUAUCUCUCGGAUUAUGGCCUUGUCAAGGACACUACACAUAAAACUAUGUGCGUUUGUAUACAUCUUUCUUAUGACUAAAAUUUUGUUCACACCUAUCCGGAUUGGAUUGCAUGGGAGUGCUUGAUAACUUUGCUGUGAAAUUUUUGUUCUGUGCCAAAAAACAAAAGAACCAGUGCUUUCAUGUCUCCUUGGAGAUGAAGUUUAAAUCAGUGUUCUUGUAUGGCGCAUGUGUGGGCUCAUGUAGUGCAGCAAUUGGCAGCAUUCAGUAUUUGACGAAUAAAAUGGACACAUCAGA